GACUUGACAGCUGGCAGGCGGGAGACGCUCCUCUCGGCUGUCUCUCUCGGUCCGUUGGUCCAUCCCGGUUCCCAUUGUCUUUCCUCGUCUCUCCUUCUCCACUCCCUUGAAGACACAACACGGGGAGCACUCAGUCAACUUCACCGCUGUUUUUCCUCUCAUUUCGCUUUUCCGGACAUUUACUUUGAGUUAUAUUUCCACCCUGACCCCGUCUCCUCCAUCCCGCAGAGUGGACUAAGCCUCCGAGUGUUUACCCCCGACUGUGGUGGAGGUUUUACCCGGGGAAAAGGAGGCAGUGGAUGGGGCUGGGAAGCUGAACGAAGACGGGCGUGUGUCGUGGAGCUAAUUUAAGAAGGAUGAGCUGAGAAGGACUUAAAAGAGGGGGAACAGUGUGCCAGUUUUUCUCCGGAGAGUGCGCAUUCAAACAAUUUUACGCGCGGUAUUACACGUGGAGAAACGUAGCAUAAAAUGACCGAAAUACAACUUUAAAGUGUGGCUUAAAACAGCUCUUUUUGUCACUGAAUUGUCGUGGAUGUACCCCAAAAGGAUGCCACUGUGACUUCCCCUGAGAGAAGAGGGAAAAAAGGAAAAAGAGGAGGCGAGAGGAGCCAGCUUAUGAAAGAACGAAGCAACACUUACACUCUUGUUUUUUCGCGUUCAUUUCAAAAUUAAUCCCUUUAAAAUAGCUGGUGAAUAACAUUUAUAGCGUGAUUUAAGUUAGUGGGCAUGUACAACAAAACGUGAUCAUCCAAACUCCUCUGUUUUAAGUUAUCUGUUUCAGAACGUGCUGUCAAGGAUGCAAGUGGACAUGAAGUGGACUUUAAGUGACAAUUAAGGCUUUGUAGAAGGUAACAGAGGUGGGAUUUUUGCUCCAGAGUGCAGUUCAUGCUUUUGUGUGUUGCAGAGUUAAUCAAAAUGCACACCACUUGAUCAAAUUGGAUUGCCUGGGAAGCCAACCAAGUCUGAUUUUGGACCACAAUCAUCCCCUUAGUCCAUUUUUGAUCUCCGACUUUUUGCCAGCGGGAAACCAGGUGCCCACCUACCAAGCGUUUUACCUGUCACAGUCCCUUGAAUUUGGAGGAGUUUUUCUCUAGACAGGAGCAGUGCUGUGUCUUCUGUAUUUGUGCUCCAAGUCCCCCUCACUGGGCUGACAGCCAAGCAGACAUCCCUUUGGGGGGUGCCUCUCUUUGUUUUGUUUUUUUUUCCUGCCUAUCUUUUUUGGGAUUCAAGGGUCCAGCUGGAGAUCGGGGAGUUAGUUUCGACCGCGCCUGAACCACUGGGGAGAAGGAGGCGGACGCCAUGGGGUGCUGUAGUGGCAGGUGUACUCUCGCCUUCAUCUGUGGAAUGCAGCUGGUCACGGUGUUGGAGCGACAGGUGAUCGACUUCCUGGGAUAUCAGUGGGCUCCCAUCCUCACAAACUUCCUCCACAUCAUUGUUGUCAUCCUGGGCCUAUUCGGGACCAUCCAGUUCAGACCCAGAUAUGUGACUGGGUACGCGGCCUGGCUGGUGGUGUGGAUGACCUGGAACGUCUUUAUCAUCUGUUUUUACCUGGAGGUUGGCGAUCUGUCCCGGGACUCCGACUUGGUGCUGACAUUUAACCUGUCCAUGCACCGUUCCUGGUGGAUGGAGAACGGGCCGGGAUGCAAGGUGACACCCAUCACCCCUCCUCCCUCCUGGGCACCUGAGGACCACCGCUACAUCUCUAUAUCGGGAUGUCUGCUGGACUUCCAGUUCAUAGAGGUGGCCCAUUCCUCACUGCAGAUACUACUGGCUUUGGUGGGCUUCAUCUACGCCUGCUAUGUGGUCAAGCUCAUCUCAGAGGAAGAAGACAGCUUUGAUUUUAUAGGAGGCUUCGAUUCGUACGGGUACCAGGGGCCCCAGAAGACUUCCCAUCUGCAGCUACAGCCCAUGUACAUGUCAAAGUAACCCCAGCCUCCCGUUGGACCUUUCAGUCACCACCGCUUAACAUCCUGCUUCUGCUCCUUUUUUACCACGAGACUGAACAAAAAGUGAAGUGUACAACCCCCCACAGUGCUGACUUCUUCUGCUCCUCCUUUUGCUCUGUGUGCUGUGUGGUAAACUGGAGUCUGGCUGUAUCCUGGUGAAACACUGCCCCCUGUGGCCCAGACCUGGACGUUGCACUUGGAGCCAGACCUGUUUUCUGCAUUAUGAAGGAGACCAAAGCUGGGAGGACACACAUGGAUUUUUGAGCUAUAAAUGUUAGUCAAGCCAUCAUUCAACAAAGCUUGUGAAAUGUACAGUAUUGGUAUCUUGAGUGCAGAUAAGCAUGACCAAAGAGUUCAGACCUAACACACAUGGACAAUAAAAACAAUGCUACAUUGACAAAUUCCUACAGAUAAGAACAAAUCAAGGAAUGUCACCACUUUUCAUCGCUGGACAAACUGGACAAUAUCUUCUGAAUGUGAAAACUCAUGCAUGUACAGAAAGCAGACUCCAUUGUUACUAAUAAUGUGAAUCUUAACAAUGUUUACACUAGGAUUUCUGUCUGUCUUGUGGAAAGGAAACAGAGGAACAGAGGUGUCCCAGGAUAGGACAGACCAUAGGUUAUGUGCUGCAAUGUCCCAAAAGCCUUGGGAUAUUCCCUGCCAUAUACUACACAUUGUUUUCAUUCAGUACAGGUACAGUGACAGUCUCAGUAGAGCUGUGGUUUAGUUCACAAGUUAAAUUCUCAGCCUCUAUACACUACUAACAUAAUGCAAAUAACUAGACCCCUUUGAACAAACUGGUGCAAAUAGAAAAUACCCUUCCCAAAUCGACAAUCACAAAGUGGCCUGAAAAAUUGUUGACUGGAAUCAAUGGUGUUAGAGAAAGUUGAUUUUAGGGGUGUAAUGGUACAUGUAGUUUAUCUGUCAAACAUUUAUAAAAAUACCCUUUAGAAUGAAAUUAUCUAAUACACAUAUGGGUAAAUGUGGACAAACAAAAGUGAUAGAUAUCACAGAUAAGCUUAUAUUGUAGUUCUGCAGUAUUUUACAGUUUUUAGGCUAAAUCCUAAAAACGUAUUUGUGUUUUUUAUUUACUCUUGCUUACAACACUUCCGAGAGCUAACCACAAUUUGUGCUAUGUUGUAGCAUUACCAUGAAUGUAGCUACAUGGCUCUUACAAUUAUUUGUUUUUUUUGUUUUUGUGUAUUUAAUAUAAGUAGUAUUUAUAAUUAAUUUAUUGUUUUUGCACUUUUACCGUGUUCCAUUACAUCCCUAUUUAAUGCUAUAUGAUAGUUGUGAUCUUUCUGAACAUAUUUUAGUAAAAUGGCUGCAAAUAUAAAGAGACUGAGCAUCUUCCAUUUUUAUCCUGAUUCCUAACUGUGAAGUGCCAACACCAGAAUGACACGCUCUCCAGUAUUAAAUCCAUUCAUUGUGCAUUCCAUGUUUAAACCCAUGAUUACAAUGGCUUCUUGCCUCUUCAUUUUUACUCAGCAAAAAACCUCCCAAUGUAAAAUGUGACUUUAGUUUGUUUUGUGAUUAUCGGACCAAACAUUCGAGGCCUUUUGUUUUUCAGCCACCUAUGAAACUUCUUUACUGUGGAGGGAAAAUCUAUUUGGGACGGACUAAGGCAUUUGACAAACUUGAUCUCAAAAUCCACCUUCCUCCACUCACUGUACGUGGCUUUAUUUUAUAACAGUUCAACGGGUCACUUCUCUGGAGCAACAAUCGACAAAACUAUUACCAACGAUCCCAAACGGCAUUUGUGUGUUUGCAUGAGAUGUUUGGAAACCUAUUUAAUCUCAUGCGGCGUGUGACUAGAUACUAGUUACUAAACGCUCCCUCAAUGUGAACUCUGUGACUUUUUCUAGACUAUACGUAACAGGAAAUGUCUGCAAGAGUUAAAGGAGAAAAUAGCUACUGUAAAAAUCUGUAACUUUGAACUUCUAGACGUUUUUUAAUCCACAUGUGGCCGUGUUUACUGUUUUUUCUAGUCGACUAAUACCGUACGAUGUUGUGUACGUAAGUGGGAUGUUUUAUUUCUUCUAAGUGUACAGUGCUUUUUGAUAGGAGACAAGAAAGAGCAGAGAAUUAGAUGCACUAUAGAAACAUGUCAUUCUAUGUUGGAAGGCUGGAGAACAAACCAGCUGAUUAAUUUAACAUUAUUAAUUUAUAUUUAAAUUGUCAACAAAGACUGCACAUUGCUUUUUAAUAAAUAAAGUGAUUAAAGAUG